AUGACAACAACUACAUUGAGAGCCUUUGCACUUAUUGCAACUGCAAUACUUCUGGUUCAAUCAGCCAAAGGUGCAAACUUCAACGUCGGCGGCACCGCCGGAAAUUGGGACCUGAGCACAAACCUGAAUGGGUGGGCAUCAGCUCAAACCUUCACCACAGGCGACACUCUAACAUUCAACUAUGACUCCAUGCACAGCGUACUGGAGGUUUCAAAGCCGGACUAUGAUGCAUGCCAGGUUAACAACCCCAUUGGAGAGUUCACCAACGGGAACACGUUGAUCAUGCUCAAGUUUCCGGGGAAGAGGUACUUCAUCUGUGGUACUGGAGGGCAUUGUAGUUCAGGGAUGAAAAUGGAGAUUGAUACAGUGGCUGCAGCAGUGGCAACACCACAGCCAGCUUCUUCUCCUGUGACUCCAAGCUCUCGACCUCCAAUGUCACCUCCUCAGCUUCCUAAGCCUCCAUCGAGCGUUACCUUUGACUCCUUCCAAGGCUCAGUCACCGAAGCCUCAGGCUCAUGCACCGAGGACUCAUAUUGUUGCACCUUUGACAGCUCCAUCAAGCUCGCCAUCUGUAGCUGCUGA